AUGACUUCAUUGUCCUCUCAAAGCUAGGUAUAAUAUUCUCCUUACAUUUAAAAAGGCAGUGGAGCAUUUUCUGAGGUAUUCAGAGUAAAAAGGAAAUCAGAUGACUAAGAUUAUGCUCUCAAAAAGGUCAAGCUUUCAAAACUAAGCGAGAAGGAAAAGGAAAGUGCUCUGAACGAAGUCAGGAUUCUUGCCUCAAUAGAACAUGAGAAUAUUAUAGGUUAUAAAGAAGCAUUUUUCGAUGAGAAUUCAUCUACUUUAUGCAUAGUUAUGGAGUUCGCAGAUGGCGGUGAUUUAUAUUCAAAGAUUACCGAACUCAAAAGAAAUCAACAGCACAUGAAUGAAGAGAGUAUCUGGAGGAUAUUUUAUGAUAUGAUCAUUGGUUUGAAGACUCUGCACUCCAAUAAGAUUGUCCACAGAGAUAUUAAAUGUGCUAAUAUAUUCUUAACGAAAGAGGGAAGAGCCAAGUUAGGUGACUUAAAUGUCAGUAAAAUUGCUAAGCAAGAGUUUUUACAAACUCAGACUGGAACACCUUUCUAUGCAAGUCCCGAAGUUUGGCAGGAUAAACCUUAUGAUAAAAGAUCUGAUAUAUGGUCCUUAGGCUGUGUGAUGUAUGAAUUAGCUGCUCUUAAUCCACCAUUUAUUGCCAAGGACAUGCAAGGUCUAUAUCAGAGAGUUCUAAAAGGUGCCUAUCCGAGAGUACCUUCUCAUUUCUCUGUUGAUUUAGCAGCAGUUAUCAAAUUAAUGUUGCAAGUAGAUCCAUUAAACAGACCAACUUGCAAAUAAAUUAUCAGCAUUCCCGCGUUUAAAAACAAAUGUAGAAAAUUCUUUGAUAAGGAAGAUUCCAAUUUUAUACAGGAGGAUAACGAAGAUGAUAAUCAGGAUUCGCUUAACUAAAUGUUGGGAACUAUUAGAAUACCAAAAAACUUAAGACUCCUCUCUGAGAGAUUGCCUAAAAGCAAUUAUGGCAGGAAAAAAGACAACAACUAAUCUAUUUCUGAUAAAAAUAGUAGUACUAAGAGUCUAAGCAUGGAAAAUACUCAAGAAUAAACAUAGGUCAAAACUAUGGAAAGAGAAGAAAAGCUUCAUUCUAUUAUAGAGGAAGAACCUAUCCCAGAUUCAAAUAAAAAAGAAUAAGAAUAAACUUAAAAUGCUAAGCCUUAAGUGGUUGUUUUGCACCAAGAAGCAGCUAAGGUAAAGAUAAUAGAGAAUUCUUAGAUCUAGGUUAGUCUUAACAAAGUUAGAUCUGAAAGACUUAUUCAUAAAAGAUAAAAUAAACAAGGAAUUAUUAUGAAUUAACUUGCUGAAAAAAGCAAGGAAAUAGCAAUGAAAAAUAAAUCUAACUCUGUAGAAAAAAUCUAAGGAUAAAAUUCAUUCGAUUAAAGUGAUGAAGGAUCUAAGGGCAGAGAAAAUUAAGUUCAUAAGUAAAGAUUGGCUUACUCAGAGGUUUAGCAUAUUCCUAGAAAAUAAGAACCAAUUAAUGAUCAAUAAUCAGAGUAAUACAAGAGAAUUCAAGAAUACAGAAAGAAAAUUUAGCUUAAUCAAAUACCAAAGACUUCCCCUAGUUCAAGGAAUGGUAUUUAGGAAGUUUAUUAUGAAAUUGCUCACGGGAAAGCUCCACUUUAUAGUAGAAAGCAUAGAAUGUAGAAUAUAAAAUAGAUGAAUCAGAAUCAAUCAUAGCAAGUGAUUCCAACUUUAUCACAGCAAUCAAACAGAUAAAUUCCUUAUAAAAAACCUGAAAUAUCAACUUAAAUAGAAACACCCUAACUUCAUCAACAGCAAAAUAGCGUACAAAAUUAGAAUUCCACUCCUCUAAAAAUAGACGAGCUUUAAAGCAAUAGAAAAAGUAGUCCAAAGAAACAAAAUAUAUAAGGUAGGAGUAAAAUCUAUCAAAGACCUUCAAGAAUAUAUAGUUCAGGCAAGAAACAGCAAUAGCAAAGUAUUAUUAGUAGCAAUAAUACUAAUUAAGAAGACUCUAUCAGGAAUUCUCUUCCUCCUUCAUUACCGUAGUCAUAGAAAAAGCAAAGAGUUAAGCAGUCAUAGAAUUUACCAGAUAUUUAAACUGGAAGAAAUCAAAACUACCUUAUUACUCCAAAGUAAACAGAACUUGUGAGAAAAGAAAGACCAUCUCUAUAGCCAAUAAGUAGUAAUUAAAUAAUAACACCUAUUAACAAUCUGAGAGAUUCUGAAUCUAAUCAUUCGAAGCUUAAUAUCCCACCAUUGAUGCCCAGAACUAGGUCUAGAGAUGCAAUAUCAAUUAAUAAUAAUCUAUCAAAUUAUAAGUCAAUGAUUGGAGCAUAGAGAGUUGUAGAAGCAGGAAGGCUAGACUCAUAAAGACUUUUAAUGGAAAACUAUAGAAAAAUUGAAUAAAAGCCUUAAAGCUAAAUGUCUUAUAUACCUAUGAGUGCGAAAAGACCAUAGAUUAAUACUAAAAUCUUUAUUCCAAUGAGUUAGCAAGGAAAGAGAAAUUUAAAUCUUGACAUUGUGCCAGAGAUGCCUUCAACAAGAAAUCAGCAUCAACAUGCAUCAUAGCUUGCUCACUAGAGAUAUCCUUAUUGA